CUACAUCUUCGUCUCCUCGCUGACUGACCCCGACUUCUCAUAUUCUCACAUACUUGCACGUACUCAAUACAUAGCCACACACACAACACAGUCCUCCUUGCCACUCUUCGAAGCACUUCGCGUUGUACUAAUCGCCUGGAAAGGACAUAUUCUACAAUCGUACCGUUUAUUUAAAAGGGUGUUGUAUGAGUCAAAAAAUAGAAAAGCCAGUGCUAUCAGGUCAACGCAUAAAGACCAGAAAAAGAGAUGAAAAAGAGAAAUACGAUCCGACUGGAUUUCGAGAUGCGAUUUUGCUGGGCCUGGAAAAAGCUGGCAACGACCUAGACGCUAUUUCCAAGUAUUUAGACACCGCUGGCUCCAAGUUGGACUAUCGUCGGUACGGAGAGGCUCUUUUUGAUAUUCUUAUUGCCGGAGGGCUUUUGGUACCAGGAGGCUCGAUCGCCCAAGAUGGAGACAAACUUGUCAAAACCACUGCCUGCGUUUUCGCGCAGCCGGAGGAUAUGGAGUCUAUGAAAAAUUAUGAACAGGUAUUCACCAAACUCAUGCGACGAUAUAAAUACUUGGAAAAGAUGUUUGAGGAGGAGAUGAAGAAGGUGUUGGUCUUUAUGAAGGGAUUCACUCCUUUAGAGCGAACUAAAUUGGCUAGAAUGACCGCCCUUUGGAUUUCAAACGGUUCUGUACCACCUACCGUCCUCUCGGUUCUCAUCAACGAACAUCUCGUAAAAGAUAAUUUGGCGCUCGACUUUCUCAUGGAGGUAUUCGUAACAUGGAAAACGGAAAAAGGUUUAUCGAGUUUGAUGACUGCAUUGAAACGCGGUGGCAUUGAGGGAAGGUUAAUGGAAUUCGUGCCACCGAAUAAACGAUCGGAGGAAUAUUUCCGCUCGGUUUUCGAAGCUGUUGGUUUGGCUGAUAUCGUUAAGCUUCACAAAGCUCAAGCGAGUCAAGAAGCAAAACGCGAUCUGCAACAGCUGCUACUCGAUGAUUUGGCUGAUAACCGACCGAUCAAGGACAUCGUGCUUGAUCUCAAGGAGAUGGCACUCAGAUGUGGCAUACCUGAGCAUGAAGUUAUUGGACUGAUAUGGUCGGUAGUGAUGGGCCAAGCCGAAUGGAAUAAAAAAGAAGAGUUGGUCGCCGAACAAGCACUCAAACAUUUAAAAAUCUAUACACCGUUAUUCGGUGCAUUCACAUCCACUGCCAGAUCUGAGCUCGCUCUUAUCCUUAAAGUUCAGGAGUUUUGUUACGAGAACAUGAACUUCAUGAAAGUCUUCCAGAAGAUCGUUUUGUUAUUUUACAAAAAGGACGUGGUGUCUGAGGAAGUAAUUCUGAAGUGGUACAAGGAGGGACACUCGCUCAAGGGAAAAAUGCUCUUUUUGGACCAAAUGAAAAAAUUCAUCGAGUGGCUGCAAAAUGCUGAGGAAGAGUCCGAAUCGGGAGAAGAAGAAGAUUAAAGGAAAAGGAAGAAAAUAAUUUUUUUUUUUCGUUGAAAGUAAGUUUUGGAAAUGAAUCACGACACGAUACUGCAAUAUUUACACACAAGACGUACAUCAAAUUCACGUAUCAAUGGUUUCAUUGUAGAUACAUUCAAACCACAUUGCCAGAUAACGAAAUGUUACAGACUAAAAAUCAGUACGUCAGUAUUCUGUCCAAAUUAAUUGGAGCCUUUAACGGGGAAAACAUAACAAAGAAAAUCUGACUCGUAAGUUACGAUGACGGGUAAAUUCAAUAAUACCAAUGGGAAAAUAACAACAAGGAAAUGUUUAAUUAAAGCACUAAAAAGAAUACGAACAAACGUUUUAUCAAUCUCUGGUCGCGACCUAAUCGUUACCAAGUUGGUUGUAUAGACGGAUUACGUUGUUGGAAUGAGCAAACAAAAACGAUCCAAUCGGUGGUAAAAUCGACAAAGAUAGACAUUAUUCGAACGCAAUUAGCAUGGCCGAUGAAAUUGUAAAAAUUUUCACUGUCUCUGAACUGUAUUUACUUAAAGAAAAGGAACUAAAAGUAACAAAAAAAACGAAAAAAUAUUUUGUGUUACAUUUUUAUAACUCCGCUACGAAAUAUAUACAAAUUUUGACAAAAAAAUCAAGAGAAAAGAAACGAGAGUAGUAAGAUCACUGAAAGCGAUUCGCAAAAAAAAAAGAAUGGACGACAUACAGAAUCUGCGAGAAAAGUAACUUUACGAAUCAUGAACUUUAUCCCUGUGUACGUAAGAAUUUCGAAACCCUGUCUUACUUUGUACGAUUAUAUUGUAUUAGUUUAUAGAAAAAAAACGAAAAAAAAAAACAGAAAAAAUAUAUACUGUCCGGUGGUGUUUGA